GGGUGGCCCCAGCUUUGUGAUUGGAGGAUGUGUGUCCCCAAUGGCCAAGCUGUCUUCAGUUUGGAAGACUGUUGUUUCUUGGGAAUUUCACUGUCAGUUAUUAUGGGAGCAGAUCAAGAGGAAUACCAAGGAAGAGGCAGGGGCAGCAGGAGACUCCAGGACCAAGCCAUGGUGGUCCUCAGAUGUUGAUGACCAUCAUCUGGGGAACACUGGAUAGCAAGCUCUUGAGAUCGUCACCUCUGCUUUGCGCAACAUGCAGCCUGAGGGCCUCGAGGGUCCCCACGUGCUCUGCCCGUGGCCUCUGCUGCGUUCGUUUUUUCUGCCCCUGCUGCUGCUGCUGCUGCCACCAAACCCUGUAACCGGCACUGAGAUCACUCCCGGUACCACCGACACCCCGACCGCUCUAGACGCCCCCAACUCUGGGACCACGCCAGUCACCCCCAGCAUCCCAGGCCUGCGAGAGCGCGCGCUGGCCCUAAUGCGGGACUUCCCGCUGGUGGACGGCCACAACGAUCUGCCCCUGAUCCUGAGGCAGUUUCACAAGAAUGGACUAAAGGAUGUCAACCUCCACAAUUUCAGUGAUGGCCAGACCAGCCUGGACAGGCUUAGAGAUGGCCUCGUGGGUGCUCAGUUCUGGUCAGCCUACGUUCCAUGCCAGACCCAAGACCAGGAUGCUGUGCGUCUCACACUGGAGCAGAUUGACCUCAUUCAUCGCAUGUGUGCUUCCUAUUCUGAGUUGGAGCUUGUGACCUCUGUGAAAGCUCUGAACAGCACCAAGAAAUUGGCCUGCCUCAUUGGUGUGGAGGGUGGCCACUCACUGGACAACAGCCUCUCCAUCUUGCGUACUUUCUAUGUGCUGGGAGUACGCUACCUGACGCUCACCCACACCUGCAACACACCCUGGGCAGAGAGCUCGUCUAAGGAUAUCCACUUCUUCUACAGCAAUGUCAGUGGUCUAACCAGCUUUGGUGAGAAGGUGAUAGCAGAAAUGAAUCGCUUGGGCAUGAUGGUAGACUUGUCUCAUGUCUCUGACGCUGUGGCCCGGAAGGUUCUGGAAUUGUCACGGGCACCUGUUAUAUUCUCGCACUCUGCUGCCAGGAGUGUGUGCAAGAGUGAUCGGAAUGUUCCUGAUGAUAUCCUGCAGCUUCUGAAGAAGAAUGGUGGCAUUGUGAUGGUGACCUUUUCUAUAGGCGUGCUACAGUGCAACCUGUUAGCCAACGUGUCCACUGUAGCAGAUCACUUUGACCACAUCAAGGCAGUCAUUGGAUCCAAGUUCAUUGGGAUUGGUGGAGACUAUGAUGGUGCCAGCCAAUUCCCUCAGGGGCUGGAGGAUGUGUCUACAUACCCACUGCUGAUAGAGGAAUUGCUGAAUCGGGGCUGGAGUGACGAAGAGCUUCAAGGUGUCCUUCGAGGAAAUCUGCUACGGGUCUUUGGAGAAGUAGAACAGGUACGGGAGGAAAGCAAGUGGCAAAGCCCCCUGGAGGACAGUAUCCCAGAUGAGCAGGUGGGCAGCCCAUGCCGAUCCAUCCUCUCAAGACUGCGUCAGAAACAAUAUUUGGCUCCAGACCAGAAACUAACCAAGAUCCCCACACGUCAAACAUCCAGAUUAUCACGCAAGUGGUCACUCUCAAAAUCUUCCUCCUACAAGGUCCCAGGUCUCACAGUUGUUGCCGCCUUCCCAGUCCUCAUUCUAUGGCUCUAGUGACCCAGUUAGUCCUGCCAGAUUUUACUCUGGCAGCUUGGAUACCCCGGAGCACCCCCACUUUGGGAAGGCACAAACAUUUCCUGGAAAUAAAUGUUUUGGAAAUGGAA